AUGUUCCCAACGAAACGUCUAGCCCAAGGCGGGUUCUUCAGACGCAGCGCUGACGAACUCGGUCGUCUAUCCAAAAUCGCCUGGAACACAGAAACCCUCCACACACCCACGAAACCUUACUCAAUCCUCAACUUCGAAAAUGAAAGCGAAGUCAAAGCCUGCAAGACCAUGGCCGACCGCGCCGUAGGAGGCUUCAGCACCGCCAGCUUAGACUUCGAGCCAGCAGACCCUUCAACAAACACACCUUCGCAUGCCCGGUUCCACGGCACCAUCUCAACUAAGCUCCCAGAAAACUGGCGCGUUGAAAGAACCGGCUAUGCCGCCUUCCGCAACCAAGACAGAGGCCUUUGGCUUUUCGGUCGCCUGUUCUGGGAUGUCGAUCCAUACUCGUAUCUGGCCUUACGGAUUAAAUCCGAUGGUCGACGAUACACCGUUAACGUUCAGAGUGACUCCAUCGUCGAAACGGAUAUCCACCAGCACAGACUAUACACGAAACACCAUCGUGUGCGCGACGCUGAAGAUCAUAAUGACAACCCCGAGUCUCUAGCCGAACUUUACCCGGAGGGUAUGCCCGCGGCACUUUCAGAUGUACCGCCCCAAUCCACAAUCCUUGCAUCAUCGACUAGUACGACGACAUCUGGGGGAACGGGAUGGGAGACUGUUCUAUUGCCGUUCAACUCGUUUGUUCGCACGAAUCAUGGCUACGUCAUCGAACCUCAGACAUCGCUGAUGCGCCAGCGCAUUAAGAGUAUCGGUAUUGGCUUGACGGAUCGAGUGGAGGGGCCGUUUGAUUUGCGCAUUCAUAAAAUCUGGGCGACUAAUGGGAUGGGUGAAGCAGAGCAUGAAGAGGAGGUGCGGAUUUGCGGUGCGGAUGCCUUGCCUAUUGAUGAGGGUGUUCGGACGGGUUGGACUGAGGAGCCCGCGCCGAAGCCUGAGAGGGAACAGCGGCAGCAGCAGGAGCAGCGGUCCAAGGAGAAGGGGCUCAAGGGAUUGAAAGGGGAGUGGGAUGAGUGA